GGCUUAGAGAUUAUUGAGUAGUACGUCAUAUUUUCACUUUGCUGAUCAAGGCUAAUAAGGCGGGAAAUCCACAAAGGUUUACAAUAUUUUUGCACGAAGUAUUAUUCACAAACAGGAACAUGGAUACACCCGGUACAAGUUCAUCAUCAGACAAGGAGAGGAUUGAGGCCGCUGAAACUGCUAUUGCUCUGUUGGCUAAAGGAAAACGCAAUAUGGUGUGUGGAGAAAUCCCAAAUGCAGUCAACCAGUUUCAGGAUGCAUGCAAAGUUUUAGCAAAAGCUUAUGGAGAAACUGCCAAAGAAUGUGCAGAGGCUUAUUUUUAUUAUGGACAGGCUUUAUUAGAUCUUGCUAGAAUGGAAACUGGUGUGCUUGGAAAUGCUUUGCAAGGAGUUCCCGAGGAAGAAGAAACUGAGGAAGAUAAAAAACCCACUGAACAGUUUGAGUCAGCAGAGCUGAAUGUAGGAGAAGAACGUGAAAAGCUUCGUUUGGAAAUUUAUGAUGCAAUGUCAGAUAGUAAAGAGGGUUCUAAAGAGGGGGAGGGAGAAUGUGAGAAAAAGGAAGAAUGUGAGAAAAAGGAAGAUGGGGAUAAAGAUAAAAUGGAAACUGAUCAGGAGAUGGCUAAUGGUGAACCAGUGAAAAAUGGAACUCUGGAAGGGGAGAAGAAAGAGGGCAAAGAGGGUGAGGAAGAAGAGGGCGAGGAGGAGGAAGAAGGGCAGAUGGCAGAGGAAGAAGAAAAAGCAGAAGAUAAAACAAUGGAAGAAGAAAAAGUAGAGGAAGGAGAAAAAGCAGAAGAAAAAGCGAAGGAAGGAGAUAAGGAAGAGAAGGAAGAUAUAACGCAAGAGGGGGACACGGCAGAAGAGGGGGACACAGAAGGGGACACGGCAGAAGAGGGGGACACAGCAGAGGAGGGAGACACAGCUGAUGAAUCUCAAGAAGAGGAAGAGGGCAAAGAACCGAAAGAGAAUCCUGAUGAUAUAUCCAAUUUGCAACUGGCUUGGGAGAUGUUGGAACUUUCAAAAGUGAUUUAUCUUAAAGAUGAAGAUGUGAAGUCAAAACUCAAGGCUGCAGAAUCCUACCUUAAAUUAGGAGAAAUCAGUCUGGAAACAGAAAAUUAUGAGCAGGCUAUAUCAGAUUUCAAUGACUGUCUUAAAAUCCAGGAGGUUGAACUGGAACCAGAUGACAGACUUCUUGCUGAAACUCAUUACCAACUUGGAUUAGCACAUGGCUUCAACAAGCAAUAUGAUGAGUCCAUGGAUGAAUAUAGAAAAGCCAUUAAAGUUAUGGAAGCUAAAAUCAGUAAACUAAAGAAAGUUGUUGAAGACGGAACACAGGGGAAAGGAAAAGAAGUACUGUCAGCAGAUGAUCCAAUUAAAGCAGCCCAACAAGAAAUGAAAGAUUUAGAGGAAAUUCUUCCAGAUAUCAGAAGUAAAAUAGAAGAUAUGGAGGAAGAAAAGAAAAAUCUUGAAGAGCUGAAAACACUGACCAAAGAAACAUUGGCUGUGGCCACAUCUAGUGAAAUGAAACCAACAGAAUCAUCAGAGCCCCAGAAGGCAGCUUCAGACAUCAGCCACUUGGUUAGAAGAAAGAGGAAACCAGAGGAGGAAAAUGUUGAAAGUGACACCAAGAAAACCAGACAAGAGGAUGGAUCAGGCGAUGCUACGACAAAAGCGAAUGGUACUGCCAAUGACAAAUCUGAAUCAGCAAUGGAAAGUGAUUUGAAGAAGGAGGAAAUGGAUGUAGAGGAACCCCCAAGAGCUGUAGCCUCAUAGUCUACCUCCCCAUUCUUCUGAUUGUGUGUGCCAGAGUCACAACUCGUCAUCAAUCAUCCUGCAUUAUGAUGUAGAUUACUGCAACAUUGGACUGCUAACUUUGUGAUAUUUAUUGACGAUGUACAGAGAAAUGCUAAUUGAAUCCUAAUGCGAUUCUAUUGUUUCAUUAUUCGCUCUGCAAUAAAGCAGCUAUUCAGAUUGUGGAUUUUUGUUUUAUGGUGUUAAUUGAUGUUAACUUUGCUAAUUUUUAUAUGCCCAUCAGAGAAGAAUUGUAUUAUGGUAUGAUUCAGUGUUAUCAUAGUAGGCUAGUAGUUAGGGCACUGUCUUAGCAACUGGGAGGCUGAAAUGCCAAGAUCGAAAGAGUGAUACAAGCUCUCUAAAUUACUUCAUAUGAAUUUUGUUUUCAAAUAGUCCAAAUUUCACUGCAUUGUUGCAUGAUAUGAAUAUGUAAUAAAACAUGCAUAAAAGAC